UGAAAACUUUAGUGGAAGUCAAAAUGAAAUUCGCUUGCGCUUCGGUUGUGCUCCUGAUCGCCGUUCUCGGCGCCCAAGCCGUGGAUUGGCAGUCCGUGAAGAAUCUGAACAUCGAGGUCGAAGCCCCGAAGAUCCGCCACAGUGCACCCACGGGUCGCAUCACCGGUGGCACUCUUGCCACACGCAACCAGUUCCCCUACCAGGUGGGACUACUCCUGUAUGUCCAGGGCGGAGCUGCCUGGUGCGGUGGCACUUUGAUCAGCGAUCGGUGGAUUGUGACCGCUGCUCACUGCACGGAUAGUCUGACCACCGGUGUGGAUGUCUAUCUGGGCACCCACGACCGCACCAACGCCAAGGAGGUCGGCCAGCAGAUCGUCUUUGUGGAGAAGAAGAAUGUGAUUGUGCACGAGAACUGGAUUGCCGAGACCAUCACCAACGACAUUUCCCUGAUCAAGCUGCCAGUGCCAAUUGAGUUGAAUGAGCACAUUCAGCCCGCCAAACUGCCGGUCAAGGCCGACAGCUACAACAACUACAGCGGCGAGACAGCCAUCGCUUCCGGCUGGGGCUUGACCAGCGAUUCUGCCACUGCUGUCACCGACAUUCUGCAGUUCAUUGAGGUGCCAAUCAUGAACAACAGCGGCUGCUCGCCCUGGUACUUUGGUCUGAUCGGCUCCACCAACAUUUGCAUCAAGACCACUGGUGGCACUUCCAUCUGCAGCGGUGAUUCCGGCGGCCCCUUGGUGUUGGCUGAUGGCAGCAACACUCUGAUCGGUGCCACCUCCUUUGGCAUUGCUUUUGGCUGCGAGGUGGGCUGGCCCGGUGUGUUCACCCGCAUCACCUCCUUCCUGGACUGGAUCGAGGCCAACACUGGCGUUGUCAACUAUGGCAACUAGAGGCGGAAUUCUCUUCCAAAAUAAAUGUUUCUCUUUUGUUAAA